UCUUGCCGUCUAUGGGCGUUCGUGUCUCUUUGGGGUCUCCUAAAGUGGUAACAUUCGUGGAGUAUAAUUUCGGGUGCUAGGACAUCUCGACGUGCUUGUGUGAGUGGUGUACAUGGCAAACGGGACAAGUUGUCGCGUCGCGAAAUUGACCUUUUCCCAAUCCCUAUGAACGAUCAUCAAUCUCGCGCGGGAAUUCAAUGCUGGGUCCUAGCUACUGGUACUAGCGGUGGUGUUUUGUGAGAAGAAACAAAAAUUUGUUCCUAUUUUAGUCGUGGUUCCACAUUGGGAUUCGGAAAGACUCGCCGCCGUGUCGUCGCGAGUUGGGUCGUGGAGGGCAAAUUCAUGCAUACCGCGGGUAUGGAGAAUGUGAUCGAUCAAGUGGAACCGAAAACUUCGCGCAGCAACUCGGCGUGGCUGGUGCGGUGACUCGCCAACUAAUCUGUAGAACAGCUGAGAAGGCAGCCAGUGAAGAGAUCUCAACCCGAAUAUCCGGUGUUUCGCGGGUAGUCUUGGCUUGCUUCGAUUUGGCCAACUUCUGUGGAAAAAGGUGGUGUUUCCGAAAACGAUUUGGAAUACUGAUCCGUGGGAAUAUUUAUGAUCGGCGAAGUUUCGUGUGAUCCCGGUGCAGUUUGAAAUGUGAGUUUCAGUGUCGUCCAAAUAGUGAGGAAAGAAUAAGUGUAAGAGAGAAAAAAAUUGUACUCGAAACGAUCGAGGCUCAGAUUUCCAAGUUCACUAGUGAGUUCCGUAUCGAAAUGCAGCGUUUGGCGUUUGAACCACCCAUAGUGAGGGAAGAGAAAUACCUGUAGUGUAGCAGAUAUCAAGUUUGACAUUGAUACAAGUGGCACACACGGGAAGAUAAAAACAAAAAGAAAAACUACCGAGAUCAGGUGACAAGAGGUGGAAUCCCUUAUGGCGAAUUGAGCUGGCGUUUUUUUCUGCGAGAUAUGAUUCUACUGUCACUAAACGCAUGUGAACGACAUGAAGCCAACAAACUUCCAGAUGCCUUGAUAUAAUCAGUUCAUAGAACUAGGGUACCAAAGCCAGCACCCAGAGCUCUAAAUGCAAUGGAAUCAUCCGGUCACGGUGCAGCACCGUUAUCGCUGGUCAUGACGCCCACACCAUCGGCCGCAACGCCCCUUACCACCCACACUCCGAACCCAUCGAUGUAUAAAAGCCCUAUCCGUCCAAAGGGUCACUACCGGUCAUCGUCCCUAGAAAACAACCCAUUCGCGCCGCUCGGGUCCGGCGGAAAAACAUCCCUCAGUUUGGCACAACCAAACUUUACCGGCACAUUAAAGUCCCGACGGGAGCAGAAACGGAUAUCGGACUUCUUGAGCAAACAGGCUGCAGGCGGUGGAUCGUCCGUCGGAGGAUCGUGCCUGGGUCUGACUAACCAUCAACAGCAGCAGCGGGAUCCAAACGAGAGCAGUAUACGUAAGGCACACUUCGAGAAUAUUCGGGAGAUCUUCGAAAAGAACAAUAGCAAAAAUGCUCUCAACCACAAGGCUGCUUCCACCGGAAGGAUCAACGGAAGUCUUCCGGUAACCCCGGGAGCAUCGACGAUCCACGAUCCGGGAUCACAAUCGGUGACGUUGUCUGCCGAUGAUAAGCCGCCUAAGAUUCAGUCUUGUAGCGGUAUUCUAGAAAAGGGCAAACAAGUAAUACGACCGAUAGCGUUCAAACCAGUUCCUUACAAAUGUAACACACCAAAUUUCGUCACCAAUGGCUCCAUGUCCAGCAGUGCCAUUAUGGGCAAUGGAAGCGGACGUCUUACUGACUUAGGGGACCGUUUCGGGUCGACACCAUCGUUGGGUCCCCCGAUGAGCAUUCAGUACAAAUUCGGCAGCACGACAGAUCUUCAUCAUCAUCAUCAUCACCAUAACAUGCAGCAUUCUUUACAUGGAAGCGGCACUCACGGGACGUCCGGAACAGGUCCCAGUAGCAUGAACGCAACUCCUACCGGAUCUUACUCGAUGCACCAUUACGGUUCGCUACAUAAAAAAAGCUCGGGAAUGACGUUCAAGACCUACGAUAGUCUAGAGUCGAUUCUCAAGCUACCGGACAGUAUGAUCGCUAGCUACCCCAAUCCCAGUACAAGUCAAUCCUCGGGCCUGUACGCUCCUGCCCAUGAUCUCCUGGACACGCUUGCCCCGUCACCGUCCGAUUCGGGCAUAUCCGAACUAGAAGCCGCACUACGCGAUCGAGACUCGGAACUGGCCUUUCUGCGACAAACCAUGGAACACAAUGAGCAAGUAAUAUUCAAAGUACAUCAGGACAAAGAAAAACACUGGGAACAGGAACUCAAUCGCUUGAAGGCGAUCCACGAAAGCCGACUGAGAGCUGGGGCCCAGAAGGUCCAUAAGCUGGAACAGCUGCUUAUGAUGCAAACCUUCCAACUGCGACAAGACAAGAAGCGACUCCAGGAAGACAUCAAUAGGAUACACACCGAAUGUUCCCUGGCCAAGGAACAGGCCGAACAACAGAAGGCAGAACUGUGUCGGCUGAAGCUGACCGAGAAGGAUCUACGAGAGCAGAACGGUGAUCUGCUGGAUGAGAUUCAAAUGUUGAGGCGGGUCAUCAGCGAUCUAAAGGAGCGCCUGGAGGAAAGCGAGUGGAGCCUUUGCCAACGGAAUGGAGAAGUAGCUCUCAUGAAGACACAGCUCAAAGAUGCCCAGUCUGAAGUCACCUCGAAGGAUCAAGAAAUUGUCCAAUUGCGGUCAGACAUCAAGUCGCAAAGUAUCGAUGAUAUUAGCAUUAAAAAAUCUGAGAUAAAAAAAGAGCUAGACAUCGAUCUGGAGCUGUCGCAGCUUAACCGAAUGAUCAUCUUUAAAGACCAAAUCAUUGUUGUGAUGAACAACGAAGUUCAGAAGCUGCGUAAAGAGCUUUCUGAUCUGUCGAUCAUGCGUGGCUAUGAAGGCGCACCUACCGGCCGGUAUUCUCGCUACAAGAAGAAACUCGACUACAUUGCUCAACAAUUCGAGGAAGCAAAUAAGAACGAUAACAUGUCUGGAAAUCAGGGGCUUAUCACCGGAGGUGAUAAGAACAACAAUCUUUCAUCGGAAAAGCACUCGGAUGAAAAUCCCGAAGAUGAAGAUUGCAAACAGGAUGUCUCAGUGAUCAGCAACGAAAUAAUUAAGAACUACUACAAUCACACGCUGGACCUGAACAAGAAGCUAUUUCUCAAUACCCAGAUCUGCAACUACUCGGACGAAGACAAAUCCAGCAUCAUAGAAACAUACAACGCCAAGAACAUCACGCUGGAAUUGGAUAGCUUGGUGACCAGCAAAAAACCCAAGACUGUUUCAUCUAGCGAUGAAGACAAUGGCAAAGAUCAAACGGACAGCUAUCAGCAGAUUUCGUCCGACGAUGACUACAAAUCGAUGACCCCGACGCACGAACCGGAGGAUGAUGAAGAAGAUGGUAAGGAGAGAAAAUCAACAGUGAGCGACAAACAGGAUGCAUCGCCCAACAAAGCUGCCACCGUCCGCAAGGAUUCUGAGGCUGUGCAGCACUUGGAUCAGCUUCGACGGCAGUUGCUCGAUUGUCGAAUCGAGUUCGAACAAGAGCGGCUCAAGUGGGCCGACGAGAAGGAAAAGGUGUUGGUCUACCAAAGGCAGCUGCAGCAGAAUUACGUUGAAAUGUGCAAGCGCACGGCCGCCCUCGAGGAGAAACUGAAGACAAUCGAGAAACAACCAAAUUAAUAGGCUGAGGCUCUUUUGUGUUGCCAACGUCAAAAAGGAACCAGAAUAGCAAGGAAAUCGUUUGAACUCAAGAAUAGCACUUUCUAUGUAUAAUGGAACUGAAUUAAAAGCUUACAUAUACAACUAAAUACAUGUUUUGAUAGUGAAAUUCAAAAGCUUUCAACUGUGUGUUAACUAUUUUUCGAUUAGUAUUGUUACAUAAUUUAUAGACGUGUUUAUCCUUCCUCUCGAUGAACUGCUACUUCCCCAAGUGUACGAUAAGAUUUCAAAACUAUUCAUGCUUCUACUUAUGGAGUAUAUUUACUAGGAAUUAUAUAUAUUCACUAUCUGUACAUUGUUGCUCUCUAAACCUUAUUGAUUUUUUCUAGUUUUAAGCUGGAUUAGGCGGUUUGAAUUCUGCCGAACCAAACAACCCUUAUAAACGAAAUAGAAAAAUAAAGGUUUCCUUAUAAAGUUUAAA